AUGCGACGAGCUAUCCUCGAAGGUGACGCAUUGCUAGUUAGACGGAUAGCAAAGAAAUACCCUGCCUUCUUACACAAUCCCGACUUUGACGAUAAGAGCAACACCUCCCUGCACCUAGCCGCGAUUCUAGGCAAUCUCGAGGUUGUCAAGCUGCUGGUCAGCCUGGGCCACGACUCCUGCGUGCCAGAUGUAGCAUUCAUGGACUUUGACUGUGCUCCCGGAAUCAGCCUUAAUACAGAGUCUUCUACACCACUUCAUCUUGCAGCAGCAAACUCGCAUGCAGACUGCGCGGAUUACCUGGCCUCCUGCUUCAAGCAGACUAUUGACUGGCAGGAUAAAAAUGGCGCUACCCCGUUGAUGCUUGCAGCGCAGAGUGCCAACAUUUCAAGUCAGACAUCGAAUACCUCAUCAUUGGUGCCACCAAGGCAGAGACCCAGGGCUUCGUCAUCAGCAUCGAACCCUAACUCAUUCGAGGAUACGAGUACCGUGUCCAAGCUCAUAAAACGCGGGGCCUCACUGACGUUAGCCGAUUCCGUGGGUAACACGGUACUACAUUAUGCAAGCGCAUGGGGCAAUCUGAAGACCUUCCGGUUACUAGUUUCCGCCGGUGCACCACCACUGGUUAGGAACAAUGCCAAAUGUGCGCCUGCAGACUAUGCAUUAAGCAUACAGGCUGCGGCAUAUUGUCGCUCUUUGGUAGCUGAAUACGAGCGCGCGAAGAAGGGGCAAUAUGAACAGCAGCACGGUAAACCAAGUCUGAAAGUCAGAUCAAAUGAUAUUCCACCACAACAUUAUGGGAGUGGUUCCCGCUUAUCACCGAUUUCUCCGGCGAGUGGCCUUCGGCCAAAGAUGAGCUUGGAUAGCCAGCGAACGGCCCAGACCCAUGGCAUUGGCGGUGUGAGGCUAGUUUCUCAGGACGAGAGCGACCAGGAGAAUGAUUUGAGGCCAAGUGUAUCCUGGAGUAACCCAGGUACUCCAAUAUGA